AUGCCUCGUACUCGCCCCAGACGACUCAACCACCUCCAAGGAAUCAAUGUCGAUCAAAUGGCCCAGAUCGCCGACGCAGGAAGCAACGACUACCUCCGCCUGGAAAAUCUAGACGUCAACGUUCCCCCUGAUCCAGAGGCUUUAGCCUACACGAAACACGCACUCACCGACGACGCAUGUAACAGUUACCUCCCAUUCACCGGCAAAGCCCGCCUGAAAGGAGCCGCAGCCAGACACGUCUCGCAGCUGUCUGGCAUGACAUAUUCCGGCGAGCGCAACUGCGUGAUCUCCGUGGGCGGGCUAUCCGGCAUCCUGAAUGUCCUGCUGGCAACUAUCGAGGAAGGCGCCGAGGUGAUAUUAACGGAUCCGACCUACCGGGGGCUCAUCAAUCGGGUCCUGCUCGCUGGCGGCGUCCCCAAGCUUGUGCCCGUCGCCUUCCAGCCAGGGAAGGAGUGGAGGCUGGAUCAGGCCGCACUACGGGCGGCUGUUACUGACAAAACUACUGCGAUGCUGCUCAUGUCGCCGUCGAUGCCAAGCGGGGGCUACUUUACCCGGGAGGACUGGACAAUCAUUGCGGAGAUCUGUGUACAGAACGACCUGCUUCUCAUUCUGGACGCCGCAAUGGAGCGUCUGGUUUUCGAUGCGCGGCCGGUGAUUCACCCUGCCAGUUUACCUGGGAUGUUCGAGCGGACGGUUACCGUCGGCUCGUCCGCGAAAGAGCUGCGGAUGAUCGGAUGGCGUGUUGGCUGGAUCGUGGGACCAGAGGACCUCAUCAGCGACAUUGCGGCGGUCUCUAUGGCCAAUGUCGUUGUGCCUGUUGGGAUCGCUCAGGAAGCCGUGGCUGUUGCGCUGGACAGGUCAUCAGAGACGAUGGCGCCCUAUGUGGCUGAACUACAGGCCCGCCGGGAUCUUGUCGUCGCGGAACUCGAUGGAUUACCCGUCGGGAUCCCCGCGGGCGGAUGGAGCCUUCUUCUCCGCGUGAGCGAUUUCGGGUUGGACGGGAGCACCGCGUCGAGGCUUCUGCUGGAACAGGGAGUGUGCGCAACUGCGAUGGAUGGAUGGGGAGAGGUGCACGGGAGCCAGUAUAUCCGGUUUGUGUUCUCCAAUGAGUCUAUUGAGAGGCUGAAGGGGCUGGGUGCCAAAGUCCGGAAGGCGUUGAGUAUUUCCAGUGAUUGA